GACACAACAAUAACGCAUGAUUGGUGAAGAGCGUGUGAUGCGCCCUGCCGUACUAGCAUGAGAACGAUAUUAUUGGGCGAGAGGUGCCCAUUCAACUGCGACGGCUUGCUUCUGCCUAAUGUUGCCCAACCGCUUUUUGUUUGAGCGAAGGUCGCGGUGUCCUGGCUUCAUUCAUAAUCGUUGUUCUUUUUUGAGGUACUGUACGCUCUGUCAAUCGAACUUUAGCGCAGAUCCUAAAAUCCCACUGAACCCCCGCGAUUAGAGGGGACAAGUUGCGCUGUCAGCUCACUUUGCGUCUGGAUCAUCCUGCGAGCGAACAUGUCUAAUCCGAACGACUACACCGUUGGCUGGAUCUGCGCCAUAACUACGGAGUACGUUGCCGCGCAGGAAUUUCUCGACCAAGAACACGAAGGACCGGAAUAUGUGUCUCCCAAUGACACCAACCAUUACACACUAGGCAAAGUUGGGAAGCACAAUGUCGUCAUCGCCGUCUUGCCCGACAACGAGUACGGAAAAUCCUCUGCCGCAAGCGUUGCAAGAGAUAUGCUGCACAGCUUUCCUAAUGUCAGAAUCGGUUUGAUGGUCGGCAUCGCCGGAGGUGCGCCUGGAAAGCAUGAUAUCCGUCUUGGGGAUAUUGUGGUCAGCUCUGCUGGCAAUGGAAAGGGUGGGGUGUUCGGGUACGACUUUGGUAAAGCGAUACAAGGACGGGACUUCCAAGAGACAGGGCUCUUAAACCAGCCACCAACCCUCCUUCGGACGACAGUGAGUGGACUCAAGGCCCGCUACGAGAGGAAAGGGCAUCAACUCGCAGCGACUACCAACAUGAUUCUCGAGAAGAACCCAAGGCUCCGGGGGAAGUACAAACAGCCAGAAACAGGUGCCGACAGACUAUUCAAACCCGAAGUUACUCACGACUUAAGCUGUGCGGCGAUCUGUAGUGAUGAUGUAUCAAACUUGGUAUUGCGACCCGAAAGGACCAAGAACGAAGACAACCCAGCCAUUCAUUACGGUCUUAUUGCUUCAGCAGACCGACUGAUGAAGGACGCUUCGGCUCGAGAUAGACUUUCAGAGGAAAAGGACGUUCUUUGUUUCGAAAUGGAAGCGGCUGGGCUGAUGAACCAUUUUCCCUGUCUCGUCAUUCGUGGUAUAUGCGACUACUCGGACUCCCACAAGAACAAGGAGUGGCAGGGCUAUGCAGCAAUGGUGGCUGCUGCAUAUGCAAAGGAUCUUCUCUAUCAAAUAGCUCCAAACAGGGUUGAAGCUGAAAAGAAGAUCGGCGAUAUUCUAUCUGGCCUCCAUGAAGUUGCAGAAGAGCACCGAGACAUUGCAAGGGAGGAUCGGGACAUUGCAAAGCACACCCGGGACACAGCAAAGGAGCAGCUCCAAGCCCAGACAGAUUUCGCCAAGGAGAGGCUGUCUGAAAAAGAAGAAAGGGUUCACCAGCUGUUCCGCCUCACACCCACAUACGAGUGGUAUAAAGACCGAGUGGAAGAAAGGGUUGAAGACACGUGCAUGUGGUUCCUCAAGCACGAGCACUUCCAGACGUGGUUGAACCAAGAGUCUGGCCCCCUGCUAGUCUCGGCGGAUCCUGGUUGUGGAAAGUCGGUGCUGGCCAAGUACCUGAUCGACCACGGCCUGCCACGAUCGACAACCAUCUGCUACUUCUUCUUCAAAGACCAAGACCAGAACACCGUCCGGCAAGCACUUUGCGCACUGCUUCACCAACUCUUUUCUCAGAAGUCGUCUCUGAUCGAACAUGCCAUGACACAAUUCCGCAAGGAUGGGAAAGGUUUGAUCAACUCUACAGAAUCCCUCUGGAAGGUUCUACGAAACGCUAUAAAAGAUCCCCAGGCAGGACCUGUAAUCAUGGUCCUUGAUGCCCUGGACGAAUGUGCCGAAUCAGAGUUUGCGGACCUGAUGCGGAAUGUGGAGAGCCAAUUCCGCAGCGACCAUCUGGGCCAUGACAAGUUGAAGUAUCUUCUAACCUGCCGCCCGUAUUAUCAGAUCGUGUCCAAGUUCCGCGGCCUAUUGGAGGCUUUUCCAAAUAUCCGUAUCCCAGGAGAGGAAGAGUCAGAAACGAUCAGCCAGGAGGUGAAUCACGUCAUUACGCGCCGGAUCAAUCAGCUGUGGAGGAAGAAGCGCCUCUCACCCCAAAUCAAGAGCCACCUGGAGAAAAGACUACAGGGGACUACCCACCGCACUUAUCUCUGGGUAUACCUUGUGUUCAACUACUUGGAGAGAGACGAUUUUAAAAAGACACUGAAGGGGGUCGAGUCUACUAUUGCAACACUUCCGAGGAGUAUCAAUGAGGCAUAUGAGCAAAUUCUUAAUAAGACUAAGGAAGAUCCGAUGGUUCGGAAAGCCUUGAGUAUUAUCUUAGCGGCGAGCCGGCCGCUAACCCUCUCGGAAAUGAACGUUGCCAUGAAUAUAGACUACACAUCACAGUCUAUUCACGACCUCGACCUGGAGGAUGACGAGGACUUCAAGACGCGUCUCAGAUCUUGGUGUGGAUUGUUCGUCUCAAUCCAUCAUGGCAAGAUUUAUUUCCUUCAUCAAACUGCUCGCGAGUUUCUCCUCGCAGAUUUGGCAUCGCCUACAACUGUUCCGUCGGACCUACGUUGGCAUCACUCCAUCACUACUCGCCAGGCACACGCCGUUCUUGCCGAGCUCUGCGUGCUCUAUUUAAACUUAUUUAACUCCGACGUUAGCCUUCCGACAGAUAUGAAUGGGGAAGCCGGCCACUCCGUCGAUAGGCACGCCUUCUUAGAUUACUCGGCCAAAACUUGGGGCGCUCACUUCCGCGAGGCUGGUAUCAUCGAUGUCGCUGCCAUUGUACCUUCCGCUCUGAGAAUUUGUGAUCCGGAUUCGAAGAGCUACUCGGUAUGAGGACUACCGAAAGUUUUACGGAUCUCAUGCUAGCGUCGUACUAUGGCCAUCGUGUCAUUGUCAAGCUACUUCUCGAAAAGGGCGCGAAGAUGGAGGCGAAAGACAGCUGGCAUGGUCGGACGCCGCUCUCGUGG